UUAGGAUAUAUACACUAGGCACUUGCAAUUAUAGCUGGAAUUUUGUUUUCUUCUAAGCUAAAAUGAAGUUACCACUCAGGAACAAUAAAUGAAUAUGUAAAUCAAGUACCAAACAACAGUAACUGCCAUUUCCAAGUUGUCAGAGGUGUUUGUUUCCUGGAGGCUAGAUCAAGGAAAAGGCAUUUUAUUGAACUAUAAUCUUUGUUUCGAUAGUGACAGGGUGGGGAAGGCAGGCAGAAAGCCCGAGUCCAGCGUUUGGAGGAAAUAAUAAAUUAGCAGGACUUGUUAGAAGGAAUGUCACCAUUUCUCAGCAAAAAGUGUUUGCUGAAGAUGUACAAAAGUGUCCACGAUCGUGUGUAUUUGCAUACACAGGAAAUCUUUUCUGCAGAAGGCACUUCCUGAAUUACAGAGUAUAUAUAUAUGAAUAAAACCGAGCUAGGACAGCAAAGGCUUUGAUGAGGACAAGUGUUGUGCUCUGAGACCUUGCGAAGAUCCCAGCGGUGCCUCAUCUCGUUGCCGUGUUGUGUCAGAGCUUUCAGGCGUAGCUCGGAGAGGCGUUCCUGUGUUGCCGCACGUCGCUGCACAAGGGCGCUGCGCUCAGUGCCGCUGCGGCUGCCGUGCAAAGGCGAUGAGUCACUUCCCCGGCCUUAAUGCAACAUAAACGAGCACACGUCGGAAUUAACAGCCUUUUGUGUCAAUGUGUCUCUUGUCCUUUGUAGAUUAAUCUAUCUCAGUUUCACUAAAUGGAUAACCAGGCAUUCGAAAUGCAUGGAGAGAGAAUACAAAGCUCUUCAAAAGGAAAAGAAUGGCCCAAGAAAGAGGAAAGAAAAGGCAACUGGUCGCUGAUGAAAAUCUUUCUAGUUUGUCUGCUGGCCUGUGUUAUCACCACCGCAAUAGGAGUGCUGGUCUUGUCCUUGGUCUAUACAAGCACCACUGGCAUCAUGAAAGAGGUCAGCACUAAAGACGAUGGGGCAACCUCCACAAAACCAGAUGAAAAGAGUGUGGAUGUCAAAUUCCAGUUCCUGAAUCAUCUGAGGAAAUCAAAGGUGUAUAAUUUCCCCGGUGGUGAAAUUCAGUGGGCAAGAUUCAGGAAUGAUGUAAAUGAAUAUGAAAACGAUGAAGAAAUGGAAUUUGGAAAAAGUAUCAAUAACCAUCGCUCUUCAAUGACUUUUGGAACCUUGCGGAUCAAAAGCAAAGGGCUCCGGGUUCCCCACUGGCACUUCAAUGCCAAUGAACACGGCUACUUGCAGCAGGGCACUGCCUGGAUUGGAGUAAUUGGUGCAGACGACAGCAGGGUUACCACAUACAAUGUCACAGCUGGCCAGGUGAUCUUCUUCCCCAGAAACACCGUGCACUGGAUAAAGAACGUAGGCACAGAAGACUGCGUGUUCUUACUGUUUUUCACGACACACGAAGAACUUCAGACCUUGGAUGUAGAUGAUGCAUUCUUCUCUACCCCAGAGGAUAUAGCAGCAAGAGCAUUAAAGCCACAAGGUGGAGUUAACUUCAUCAGAACAUUCAAGAAACAAGUGGAAGAUCAAGCAGUUAACCUCCCUCCAAACCUGGAUGAGCUCGUAAAAAGUGCCAACUAUGUGCAGUCUCCGGACCACCUGGUGUGGCAGUACUUCUAUAACCUCAAAGGGUCCAGAGAAUAUCAUUUUCCGGGAGGAAUCUUCCAGUGGGCUCGCUACUUCAGAAAUAGCACCGGGCUGAAUGAAACAGAAAAAAUUUUCAGUGAGUCACUGAACAAGCAUGAAAAUACCCUUACCUUAGCAACUCUCAGGAUAUUCAGCAAUCAGCUGGGACAGCCUCAUUUCCACUUCAAUGCUAACGAGAUGGGUUAUGUCAUUAGCGGCUGCGGACAGGCUGGAGUUAUCACCUCCUCCGGAGCCAUCAGCAGUUUCAACAUUGGCAUUGGAGAUGUUAUAUUUUUCCCCGUUGGAACCCAACAUUACCUUAAAAGCAUAUGUGAUGAAGACUUGCUUCUGAUUCUAGCCUACAGCACAGGCGACGAGCUGGAAACUCUUCGUAUGAAUGACUACUUCCAUGCAACAGCAGACCAUAUCCUUGCUCAGAUUUUUUUCAAGGAACAGGAUGAGUUUCAGAAGUUCCCAAAGUCUAAAAAAUAGACUGCCAACAAGUGGUCUCAGUAGUUAAUGGCUCCAAGGAUAUUUUGUACAAUUGCUGUGUUUCUGGCAGUACCUUCUGAUGUGUAUAGUACCUUUCUCACUGUAUAUCCAGAAGAGAUGUUCAGAAAACAGAAUUUAUGGUUACUAAUUUUUUUUUCAUAUUUGUAUUUUUUUAUCAUGUAUUAUUUAUAGUGCAAUGUAUUUUGAGUGUGUAUUAAAUUAACUUCUACCUCUGCAAUUGCCUCUUGUUCUGUAUAUAACCCAUUAUCCCGCUUUAUCUCUUUCCUCACAUUACCGAAGUUUACAUUGAUUUUCUGUCACGUUGACAGCAGUUUACCUACCAGCAUCUGC